AUGAUGAGAGGUGAAGAUGACUACGACUAUCUCUUUAAAAUUGUCCUCAUCGGUGACUCAGGUGUCGGCAAAUCCAAUCUUCUCUCAAGGUUUACCAAGAACGAGUUUAAUUUAGAAUCCAAAACUACAAUAGGUGUCGAGUUCGCUCAAAAAAGUAUUAUAAUUGAUGGAAAAACGAUAAAAGCACAAAUUUGGGAUACAGCUGGCCAAGAGCGUUAUAGAGCUAUCACAUCUGCGUAUUAUCGUGGAGCUGUUGGAGCUUUGUUAGUUUAUGAUGUAUGCAAGCCUACGUCAUUUGAAAAUGUGGAAAGAUGGCUUAAAGAGAUUUUAAUCUCAAUUAAUAGGACUUUUUGGUUUUUCAGUCACCAAAGACUUUUGUAGAUUCAUUUUCUUUGCAGCAUUCCUGUAGGUUUCUCUUUGGUGGAAAUAUUUCACCUGACAAGUUGGUUCGAGUAUCGAGGACGCCUUCUCCUUGCCUUUCGACUGCAGUGUUGAGUGGGCAGACUAUGGACUUCUGUGGCCUGCUAUGACACUAAGUGCAAGUUUUCCUCCACAAUCAAAAAAAUGGAAUUUCUAGUCAACCCUCAUCUUUUGUGAAAGCCUUAAGUCCAAGGCGUAACCCUAGUUUCAUGCUGCAGAAUUGCUCGAUAGGUCUAGGUAUUGUCUGUAGGGUUUGCUGAGCUUCCCUUGUUCCAUCUUCCCACGAGAUAAAAAUUCAUCUCUAAAGCGGUUAGGGCUAGUCUCCACAUAACUGUAAUUGCUUCCCUGCCAUUUCUGAGAUGUAAAACCUUGCUAAUAUAAUUAAAUAUGUGCUCGAGGCUGCAUAGCCUCCCAUCAUGCCCAAGCUGAGACGCCAUAUUUAAUUAUAGCUUAAAGAACUCAAAGACCAUGCAGAUUCUCAAACCGUAGUUAUGCUUGUAGGGAAUAAAACUGAUUUAAAACAUCUUAGAGCUGUCAGGACUGAAGAAGGGGCAGGCUAUUCUCAGAAACAUAAUUUGGCUUUUAUUGAGACUUCUGCUAUGGAUGCUACUAAUGUGAGUUUAGCUUUUGAAAGGAUUUUGAACGAAAUUUACCAAUUAACGAUUAGAAAUGUAAUUGGCAUCAAAAGGAGUCUGCAAAGCUCAAUUGGCCCCACAAGACGUAUCGACCUAAAUGAAGAAAAAGUUUCCUUUGGCAGAGCACCCAGAGUAGAACAACCCAAAUGCUGCCAAUAA